UACGCGUCAUAAUCGAACGAAACCCGCGGAACGCGAUGAAAAAAAUUUAAAAAGACGAAAAUCGAAAGAAAAAACCGUCAAUCCCAGCUGCUGGCCUGGUGAUUUCCGCGAAAAGUACUCGUAUUUAUAAUAUUAUGAUAGGUUUGCCGAACCAAGACGGUCCUAGGCGACGGGAAAUCGCGGAAAAAAACGUUGCAGUUCCGCAGCAACAAAAAACCAUACACUUUCGCCAGCCAACCCCAAGCGCUAUCCAUACGUGAACAAAUGGAUCGAGAGAAUAUGAGCAAACAAUUGGGUUACACGAACAUCAUGUACGACAAAAGAGUGGUCAGAGGCAGUAAUUUUUCCAACAAAACAUUUUCAAUCAAAGAAUCGCCCACAGCCCGUAAAGCAGAAGCUCAUCGACGCGCGGUUGCUAGAAAAAAAGCAAUAGACCAACAAACAAGAGCAUUGCGACUACACUUGGGAACACCGAAAAUGACUAAACCCCGCCAGUUUGUACAAACUGACACAUACUUAGAAGAAUUGUACGAGCAACCGCAGUCCGAGACUUUUGGGGCUCAAACUGAAUUCGACGAGGCAAUAUUUGCAAACUCGGUAAGAGAGAUGCACACAGGCACGGACGCGUCUACGCAAGUAUACGAAAUGGAAUUGUUCGACUUCGAUACGGAAAUUACGCCAAUUAUCGAAACCAUGAUCGCCGACAUCUUUCGACAAGCAUUAAAUGAAAUACUGUACGAAGACGAGCUGGCUGCUAGAUCACGACAACAAAGAAUCUUAUAUUUCAAACACACUACUGAAGAUAUAGGAAAGUCAAGAUUAGAGAGAGAAGACGAAAGGAUAAGUAAAAUAAUUGCUUAUCACACUCCAUUGUUAGAUGGAGGAAAAAAAUAUGAAAAAAUUCAAAUUUUCAAUAUGUCAUCAAGAAAUGGGAUUGAUUUUUUACCAAGAGUAUCUCAAUAUCCAAAACAAAAUGGAUCUACCGGUAAUAUAGCUCAACUAGAAAAUUUAGAAUUCGUUUCCUGGCUGAUGAAAAAACUUCAAUGUAAAAAAAUAAAAACAUUAAGGUCAAAGACAUUAUGAAAUAUAAAAGUAAUUUUCAUAUGUUAUUUCAUGAUUUACGCCAAACACAAACCAAAAGCCACGAUCACAAUUCUUGAAGCGAAAUCUCAUCAACGCACAAUAAAAUUAGUUGACAACUACAUUAAAAUCUACAAGUCUAUCUUUAUGAACAUUGAACAUUAAAUCGUUUAGUCUUGACUCAGUUCUGUAGAGCUCAUAUAAUUGUUUAACCUUAAGAUCGAAAAUGACCUUUCAGUGGUCGCAGUAAAAACUAGAAGCACACAAAUAUUUAUAAGAGGAUUUUUAUGCUUGAAAAAAUUGUUUAUUUAAUACUUAAUUAAUUAUUCAACUAUAUACUAUACAGUAUACAUGUUGAUGUCUGAUAUCUAAGUAAUUUAUAAUACUACAAAAAAAGUUCAAUACUUUAAACGGUGGGUGCUUUGGCCCCUAAACACACCCUCUAAAUACGCCACUGGCUUUGAAGUUGAUGUUACAUUCUUUCACGUGCUACCCUUAUGAUCUGAAUACACUUUGAGAGAUAAAUUAUGCAUAAUAAAAACUAGACUGAUCAAAGGCAAUCAUUUUACA